AUGAAUUUCGGUAAUAGAACAUUGAUUAAUUUAGUCAUGACACUCAAUUCCAAGUCACCAAUGAUUCAAUCUACAAGAAGUUUUCAGUCAAGUAACUUUGCAUUCUCAAAACUAUCAUUAAACAGAUUUACUUCUUCAUUCUUUUCGACAUCAUCAAUAAAUCAAAACACAAAGUUCCAAUAUUCAUCAUUCUCCAAUUUCUUGGAUACUCCAAUUAAAACAAUGUCGAUGGAGAAGUAUAUUAAUAAAGUUUUCGAUAAAACAAUAGAAACUGUAGGUUGCAAAGAUUCAUUUAACGUAUUUCACUGUUCAUUCCAGAAUUGCCAAACAGAGAACAUCCAUGGAGGUGGAGCUAUUGCGAUUUUGAAUGAAAAUGAUGCUAUGAUACGAAUUGGAUACUGCUCAUUCUCCAAGUGUUCUUGCAAAUUGCCUCAGACAUCCGGUGGUGCCAUUCUUAUUACUGAUGGCAACGGAUUCAACGAAAUUAUUUCGAAUUGUUUUACAGAAUGCAAAGCCGGCCUUAGAGGCGAUACAUUCACAAUAAGCUAUAAUGAUGAGACCAACCUCAAAGAUGCAGUUGUCGAAAACUUAAACGUAGAAAACUGUGGCGGAUCGAAAUUGGGAUUCAACUGCGAAUUACGUGCUAGAUCUAUUACAGUUAGAUCUAUUAAUAUUACAAAUUGCGAAGCAAAGACUUGCCCAACCAUCAGAGAACUUUUUAAUUCAAAAUCUUCCUUCAAAUACGUAAAUUUAUACGGAAAUAAGGCAUCAGCCACAUUUUUUAUGGAAAUAGCCACUACAGAUUCAGAUAAAGUUCCAGAAGGAAUGUUGGAUACAUUUAAUUUUGUUAAAUCUUCAAAACGUGACGGUGAAAGUAUCAUUGUCUUCGAGGGAUGCGAUAUAGUUGCUUUCAGACUUGUAUUUGCCUCUACUAGUUCUAGGAUUAUCAUUCAAUCUAGGUCAGAAUCAGGAAGUGUUCAAAUUUACGAUUCACAGUCUGAUAGAGUGUUCUAUUCUUCAGGUCUAGUACAAUAUGGAGAAGGUUGCCGUCUCGCUGAAAUACCUUCCACCUUCGAAAUUUCAAAUGUUUACGAUCCAGGAUGCUAUCACUCGAAAUCUGUUGAGAGAAUAGCAUAUAUUAACUGGCAAUCCAUCGUAACUGGUGUUGGAAUCACUGUUGCCUUCUUCUUGGCCGCAAUUAUCGGAGUUUAUCUUACAAGAAAAUAUAAGAAGUCUGUGACUGAUAAGAUCGAUCAGGAAGUUAUCGGUGACCUCACAGCUCUUGUAAAUUAA